CCUCCGACAGAAGCCAUAGCAAAUUGAACCAAAGGUAGAGAGCACUUUCCAUUUUCAACCACAACUCAGAAACAUUCUCCAUUCAUGUCACAAACAUUUUCAACCAUAAACAAGUAUAGUCACAAAACGGUUGCAUUGCCAAAUAGGACACAACCCCGACAUUAAAGGGUGUCCUUACAUGAAGUGGCACCCCAGGUCUUUAAGAACCAAGUUCCAAACCCUUUGACCAAUCUGCAAUCUCAGCGCAACUCAUCGAAACCAAACAAACCAUAAGGAACUCAUUCAUUGAAACAAGACAUUAGAAUCAUUUGUUAUUCCUACAUUUGUGUCUGUCUAAGCAACCACAAUGGCUGAUGAUCCUCAAGACGUGGCUGACAGGGAGCGCAUUUUCAAGCGUUUUGAUGCGAACGGCGAUGGCCAAAUCUCUGCAGCUGAGCUCGGAGAAGCACUGAAGGCACUUGGAUCAGUAACACCAGAAGAGGUGCAAAGGAUGAUGGAAGAGAUCGACACUGAUGGAGAUGGCUACAUUUCACACGAAGAGUUCACAGAAUUUGCAAGAGCCAACCGUGGCCUAGUCAGAGAUGUUGCAAAGAUUUUUUAACUUGGUUCAUUAACCACCACCCUUUUGUAAUUAAUUAAUUAAUUUAAUUUCCUUCUUACUUCCUUUGUUCUAUUCUAUGCAUGUUGUCACCAAUGAGAAGAGAAAACUGUUUUUGUGUAUGUAUGUAUGCAUUCUUUCUGACUUUCUACAUAUAGAUAAUGAUCAAAAUCAGAGGUUUUUCAUUUCAUUUUGUAAUAUCCUCUUUUCCACCUUUUUUUUCUAUAUUG